AUGAGUUUCACUAGAGAGAAACUACAUCUGUGCUCUGAGUGCGACAAACGCUUUACAUGUAAAUCAGCACUUCUCACACACCAGAGGAGUCACACAGGAGAGAGACCAUUUACAUGUUCAGAAUGCAGCAAGUGUUUUUCCCUGAAGUCAAAUCUUGUUAAACAUCAGAGGAGUCACACAGGAGAGAAACCAUAUAAAUGCUCUGAAUGCAGCAAGUGUUUUUCCCUGAAGUCAGAUCUUAAUAACCAUCAAAGGACUCACACAGGAGAGAGACCAUUUACAUGUUCAGAAUGCAGCAAGUGUUUUUCCAUUAAGUCAAAUUUUGUUACACACCAGAGGAGUCACACAGGAGAGAAACCAUAUAAAUGCUCUGAAUGCAGCAAGUGUUUAGGUAGCAAGGAAGGACUUGUUAUACAUCAGAGGAGUCACACAGGAGAGAAACCAUAUAAAUGUUCUGAAUGCAGCAAAUGUUUUACCCAAAGGUCACAUCUUGUUAGCCAUCAGGGUCUUACUGGAGAGAAACCACAUCUGUGCUCUGAGUGUGACAAAUGCUUUACAUAUAAAUCACAUCUUCUCAGACAUCAGAGGAAUCACACAGGAGAGAAACCACAUCUGUGCUCUGAGUGUGACAAAUGCUUUACAUAUAAAUCAGAGCUUCUCACACAUCAGAGGAGUCACACAGGAGAGAGACCAUUUACAUGUUCUGAAUGCUGCAAGUGUUUUACCCGAAUGUCACAUCUUGUUAUACAUCAGAGGAGUCACACAGGAGAGAGACCAUUUACAUGUUCUGAAUGUAGCAAAUGUUUUACCCUAAAGUCGCAUCUUGUUAUACAUCAGAGGAGUCACACAGGAGAGAGACCAUUUACAUGUUCUGAAUGCAGUAAGUGUUUUUACCUGAAGUCAAAUCUUGUUGUACAUCAGAGGAAUCACACAGGAGAGAAACCAUUUCAAUGCUCUGAAUGCAGCAAGUGUUUUAGCCAAAGGUCACAUCUUGUUAACCAUAAGGAGUCUCACAUUAGAGGAACCAUAUAAAUGUUUUGAAUGCAGCAAGUUUUUAACUAGAAAGAUAACACUCACAAGUAUUAAUCACAUGGGGAGUCACUCUGAGGGCCUGACUGUAGGACAUGCUUGAUAAACAUGUUAUCUUGUUUUACUUCAAUAUAGUUACAAGUGAGGACAUUUUUAUUUUCUGAAUGUCACAAGUGUUUAUAUAUAAAUCAAUAUUGUUAAA